GAUAGGCACCACCAUAACACAACCAUUCACCUCUUCCAAAAUAGUUGAAUUACAUUUCCUCUUCCAAAAUUUCCAAAUCAUGGCUAGUUCAAUCCUUGUCAAGGUUACUUGUUUGGCUAUGAUAUGCUUGGUUUUGAGCAUUCCACUAGCCAAUGCUGUCAUUACAUGUCCUGAUGCGGACAUAACUUUAAAGUCAUGCCUUCCGUACGUAGCACACCCAACUCAAUGGCCCCCUCUAGAAUGUUGCACUGCGGUUCUCGGCCUAACUGCCCGAGCUGUAACUCGCGAAGAUCGUCAAGCGGUUUGCAAAUGCCUUUUAGGCCUUAUGAAUGGCAUACCUGGGCUCGAUCUUACCGCCUUUGCUGCCGUCCCUAUUCUCUGUGCUGCUAACAUAGGCUAUAUUAUUCGCCCUAACAUGGACUGCAACUCGGUACCCUAGUAUUGAGCAGCUUGAAGGGUUGGUGCUUAAUGAAUAAGUAAUACUUGGUUUGUGGUAAAACCAAUAUAGACAGAAUAAAGGAGAUGAAGUUACUCUUACAAAAAAAUGGUUUAAUUUCUCCGAUUGUAAGUCGAACCGAAAUAUAUAAUUAAAUAAAAUCUGAAAUAUUUUCUUGGCUCUCAAAAAUCCCUCUUUAGUGCCUUGGAGAUUAAGAAACAUAUGGCUGAACUGUUUGCAUUUAACCCUUAGCAUGAAUUUUAUGGCUACUCAUACUUAUAGGGAGGGUAAUCAAUGCGCGAACACUCUAGCUAGUUUCGGCUUUAAUGUUAGCAAUUUUAAAGUUUGGACGGAAA